GUCCUUAAUAUUUGGUGCCAGGCGAAAAUUGUAUGCAAAAAACAGAGAAAAGCAGCGAGCACAACAAAAAUGUCAGCGGCGGGAAACUUUGCUGAGCAAGCGGAAAAUAUUGCAUGCUGGCUUAACGAGAAACUCUCCGUAAAUGAAGAGAACAAUACCAACACCAACAAUAACAAUAACAACUACAGCAAAGCCACCAACAAUAACAGCAAUUGUAACACAAACAAAUACAUUGCGCCAGCAACAACAGCAACGCCAAAAAUGAACGCCAACAGCCAGACCAAGGAAUUCAAUGAGAUCUGUAGAAAAGCGCAAGCUGGCCAAAAAAUUAUGAUCAUUAUGCGGGGACCUGCGGGCAGUGGCAAAUCCACAAUGGCCAAAGCAAUAUUGAAUCAAAUUCAUUUGCUGGAUCAACAUCCCAUUACGGAUUUCGUGUAUAGCACCGAUGAUUACUUUCUCACGCCUCGGGGCUAUGAGUUUAAUCCCAACUUUCUACCAGAAGCCCAUGACUGGAAUAAGGAGCGUGUGAAGUGCAAAGCGGCAGCUGGUUGGAGCCCAAUCAUAGUGGACAAUACGAAUAUUAUGAAAUGGGAAAUGCAGCCCUACGUACAGAUCGCCGUGCAGCAUGGUUAUCUAAUAGAGCUACUGGAGCCCCAAACAAGCUGGUCCAAAUCUGCUACAAAGCUGGCUCAAAAAAACGUGCACCAGGUGCCGAAAGAUGCCAUAAAACGCAUGCUAGAUCGCUAUGAGAAGACCAACGUCUCUGAGCUAAUCGGAUUUCUUAAAGAUACCAAAUACACAGUGUCAUUGCCGCAGCUGCGAUUACACCCGCCGUUACCGACGCUGCCAGCACCACUAACGCCGUCUCAACAACCGGAACGAUCCGGCUCCACAAGCCAAUUGGACAGCUUUAAACUAAAUGUUAAUGCUCAGACUUGGCUGCCGUAUGAGCAAAAUGUGAACAAUUAUUGGGCUCAGCAGAGUGACCUGCCCGUACAGGCAUCUGUAACUAGUGCUGCAGGAGCAACAGGUGAAUGCUCCCUGUUGGAUUUGCUGCGUGAUGAGCAACCGGCAGUAGCGGUAAAUGUGGAUCCAGCAUCGGCCAUAGGUGUCCCUCAGAAUACCUUGCAGCGGCACAGCUUGAACUGUCCAAACGAGGCGUCUGGCUUUGCGCAAUUGCGUCAAAUGUAUCCGAACAAGCAAUUAAGUGGGCUGUGGGAUUUAUAUGGUAAGUGCAACGGCGAUGUGGAUUGGGCCGUUGACAUAUUGAUCAAAGAGGAUGAGCUCAAAUCGGACGAUGCCGACGAGACGUUGCCCCAGGAAGUCGAAGAAUUUCAAUGCAAAUGCAACCGGAACAAUUUUCAAGGGCCAACUGUAGCUGCUGCCGCUGCUGCUCUAUCCCCACCGAUAUCCAAUAAAUAUCAGUCCAAGCCGCAGCGCCAGCCACGUGUCAAACGCAAUGCUGGCAAUGGUUUUGCCAACAGAGAACUUCAGUUGGAGAUCGAGAACUGUUUUGUUUUGGGCGAUGAUCAGUAUUCGGAGCAUACGCGCAAGAUAAGAGACAUACGCAAUGGGAUUUUAGAUCAACCGCUACCACCGGUCGUGGAGCCAGCACCACUCAUGGUUGCUGCCGCUGGUGCUUCUUCAGCUGCUGAUGAGGACGACGACGAUUCGGAGGAUAAUACAUUGUUAGAAAUGGAUCUGGGUGAAUGUUUGAUUAAACAGCUGCGCAGUCACUUUCAGUGGGAGGGUGAAAUGCUUCCCAAAGAGUCGGAGUCAUUGCCAACCAAAGUGUUCCUGCCGCGACAUCUGGCCAAACAGCUCUACAUGAUCUGGAUGGAAUCAGUGCAUAAUCAGCUCGAGGAACAGCGUCAGCAGACACUGCGAGACGACGAGCAAUUCGCACGUCUGCUUAAACAUCCGAAGUAUGCCGACUGCAGCGAAUCGCCUGGCAAUGUUAAUGAGUUGCUUGAUAUGGAGCUUGCCUGGAGCAUCUACAACAGCGAACAGCAGGCAGCAAAUCAUGCGAUUCAAAAUAAACCAAAUGAUAUUGCCACUCACUUAACCAAAAUGAAGCUGUGCGAGAAAUUUCCCGAAAUCCCACCCGAUACCUUGCUUCAGGUCUUUGCGGACACGGACAACAACUAUGCUAAGACCGUGGAGGUGCUGGACAGCAAUGCGAAGGUCGAACUAACCAGCGCCGAGCUCUAUGAGCAGGCACAACGUGAAAACGAAAAGCUCAAUCAACAAGUGCAACAGCAGCCACAGACGAAAGUCGCCAGCCCUCGUAUUGCUGGCAAUGGCAAAGCGCAGUCUCCGCAGCUGCACGAAGAGGCCAAAUGUGCCGCAUUGCGAGACUUUGAGGAGACACGCAAUUUGGCCGCCCACCACGCUCAACUGAGAGCCGAAUGCAACCUGAAGGCCAAGCAGGCGAUACAGCAAGGCAAUGGAAGCGUUGCGCUCUACUACUCGGAGAUUGCUCAGCUGCACAAGAAGAAGAUCGACGUGUUCAAUCAUCGCGCGGCCAAUUGCAUCAUGGAGGUGCACAAGCAUACGCAAAACAAUCCGGAUCUGCUCGAUUUACACUAUUUGCAUACCAUAGAGGCAGUUAGCAGUCUCGAUCUGUUCCUGGAUCGCCACAUAAAUGUGCUACGGAAUUGCACACGAGUCUAUAAGCAUGUCUUCAUCAUAACGGGCCGAGGACUACACAGUGCAAAUGGAGUAUCAACCAUUAAGAAACAUGUGAAGGCUAGAUUAGCUGAACGACAUUUACGCUGGCAGGAGGUCAAUCCGGGUCUGCUACGCGUGAAAGUGUUUUCUGCGUCACGUCACUCUAAGAACUUUUGACCAUUUGAAUGAAACAAUGCUAUAUAAAAAUAUAUAUAUUAAGUUGUACAGCGUUCGACAGCAAAUGUAUAUGUUGCGCCACCUCACUUACAAAUUUCUGUACAAGAAAUCUUA